UGGGGAAGAAAGCGCCACCUGUCAGUGCUGUCAGCAAAAUUUUUUUUCGUGUUGUAAAAAGUCUUUUUUUGUGAAUUUUCCGUGAGAAAGAGCCCCGUUAUUUGAAGCAUGGACGGAGUAACGCAUCUAAAGGAAGCUCCUCCACUGUUCGACAAUGUAGAUAUCACGAGCCCCGACGAGGAGAACGAUAUUUUUGAAUCUGCCGUACAAGAGCCCCUUUCACCGACAAUGGAGGAAGUGGAGACAAAUGACAACACUGACCAGUACAUUGAGAUCACAGUCUCAGAGCCACAGAAGAUGGGAGACGGAAUUGGCUCAUUUAUUGCCUAUAAGGUAACAACAAACACGAACAUAAUGAAGUUCAAGAAGCGCCAAUUCAGCGUCAUCCGCCGCUUCAGUGACUUCCUCGGACUGCAUGACAUUCUUGUGGGCAAGUACCUUCGCUGCGGUCGGAUAAUCCCGCCAGCACCGCAGAAGAACAUCAUCGGCAGUACGAAGGUGAAGAUGGCACAGCCACAGGCGGAACCCGGCACAGGGCUCGGUAUGGAGUGGGUGGAGAAUCGUCGAGCAGCCCUUGAGCGCUAUCUCAAUCGUACAGCUCAACAUCCUGUGCUGUGUGUCGACACGGACUUUAUAAAUUUCCUCGAGAGCGAACAGGAUCUGCCGCGUGCCGUGAAUACGGCCACCCUCAGUGGCGCCGGCGUCAUGAGGAUGUUCAACAAGAUGGGUGAAACGGUGAAUAAGAUCACGUAUAAGAUGGAUGAGAAUGAUCCGUGGUUCGAGGAGAAGGGUGCCGAAGUGGAGAACCUCGAUAUGCACAUGCAGAAGCUCCAUGCAUCCAUUAAGGCGCUCGUUACCCAUCGGCGGGAACUGUCACAGCUCACAGGUGGAGUUGCCAAGUCGGCAGCACUGCUCAGUACGUGUGAGGAGCACACGGGACUCUCGAGGGCACUAUCGCAGCUUGCAGAUGUGGAGGAGAAGGUGGAACUGUUGCGCUCUGAGCAGGCCAAUUCAGAUCUCUACAUCCUGUCGGAAACACUAAAAGACUACAUUGGGCUCUUUGGGGCCAUCAAGGAUGUCUUUCACGAGAGAGUCAAGGUCUUUCAAAAUUGGCAACAUGCCCAACUCCAGUUGACAAAGAAGCGGGAGAACAAGGCAAAAUUGGAGCUGGCGGAGCGGAAAGAUAAAUUGGAUCUGGCACAGAAGGAGGUGGAGGAGUGGGAAUGCAAAGUACAGCGCUGCCAGAAGGAGUUUGAUGAUAUCUCGGCGGAAAUAAAGCGGGAGAUGGAGAGGUUUGAAAUCAAUCGUGCACGGGACUUCAAAGCGACCAUCAUUAAGUAUUUAGAAGAUCAAAUGGCCCAUCAGCAACAGCUGAUCAAAUACUGGGAAGCUUUUAUUCCAUCCGCUCGAGAGAUUGCAUGAAAGUUGGAGGAUGAUUUGAGUGCAUCUGGUGUAAAUAGACGGCAAUCCAAUAAGGUAAUUAUUUCUACACCUAGAAAUAACCUCAAUGCAAAGAUCGUUAUGAGUUAAAACUUUAUGAAUGCAUAUCCAAAAUGAGGAUAUAAAAUUAAACUUUUUUUCUUAAAAUUAAAAAAAAAAGAAAAGAAAAAUAAGCAAAAAACGAUAAAUAUUUUGCAUUAUUAUAUUUCCAUUAAUUCAACAUUGAAUUAAUUUAUGAGAAAUGAAAAAUAUUAUGUGCAUACCUAAUGACAAUUUAUUAUUUUCACUUUGUUGUAAAGAAGAAAUAUUAAGGUUAAAAAAAAAUAUUGUUAGAACUUUUUACAAAUUAUCCCUCCAUCGCACACAAUAAGAUUAUCAAUCACAGAGAUAAAAAAAAAUUGAAAAAUAAAAUAUUUUCUCAACACUUCACACUCCCACUAAUUUAUAGCUAAACUUUAUAAUACAAAAAUUGAUAUUUUUGUAAUUUUUGAACAACAAAAAAUCGCCAAAAUGCUGAUGCUUUUCUUAAAAAACAAAAAUUCUCAGCAAGAUUUUUUCUUAAAUCUUACUGCAAAUGAGAAAUUUUCCUCCGGAUAGAAGUGAAGAAAAUCAUUCGACAAUUGAAAAAAAAAUAAUAUAUCAUUCCAUACAGUAGCAAGAAAUACCUAAAAUAAUAAUAAAAAAAAGAAACUUGAGAAAAACAAUGAAUAUUGCUAUGAAAAAUAUAUUGUAUUUAAGAUUUUUAAAAGAAAAGCUAUAAAAAUAGAUUUAAAAAAAUCAUUAGAAUAAUGAAAAUAUAUAUACCUACAUAUAAUUAUAUUUUUCGUCUCGACUUUUUAAUUUGAUGUAGAAAUUAGAAGAGGUAAUAAUGAACGAAUGAAAAUACGGACUUUUUUUUAGAGUAAAUGUAGUGUUUUGUAAUUUGGAGGAAAGUAUCGCAAAAAUAUUUUUAAUUUUUUGUUUGUAAACUUUGCAAAAAAAAAUUAAAAAGAAUUUUUGCGUCUCGAGAACCUCGAGAAAUCGAAUAAAAAAAGAAAAAUAAUAUCUCUCCAACAUGAAUGGGAAAGGAAUGAGAGAAAUGUGAAAUAAUAGAUUCCAAAAUAUUAAUUGUUGUUUCUUGUAUAACGAAAAAAAAAGAAGAAAUGAAAAAUAUAUUAUGAAUGAUAGAUGUGAGGAACUCGCAAAAAUUCUUCUCUUGAAAUUUUUCAAAUUGCGAUAAAAUGCAGAAUAUUGUAGUUAAAUGAAAUAUUAUAUAUUCAUUUUUUUUUCCUCUGUUGAUACUUUUUUUUGCAAUAUAAGAACAAAAAUCCACUGAUUUUACAAUUAAAUAAAAAAUAAUUGUGAAUGGAAAA